AUGUCAUUUAACAAAAAAGGUAGAGAAGACUUAAUGCAAAUAACAAACGAUGAAGACGGAAGAGAAAUCAAUCCUCACAUGCCUCAAUACAUUAUAAAUGCUCCAUGGUAUUUAAAGGAAAGUACACCAUCGUUAAAGCAUCAAAGAAUCAGAAAACAAUAGAACUCGAGCACAUUUGAUAACUGGUACUAAAGAGGAUAAAAAGGUCAAAACAAUUUAAAAUUUAAAAAAGGAGCAUGCACUAAUUGUGGUUCCACAACUCAUUAAAGCAAAGAUUGCUGUGAAAGACCAAGAUAAAUAGGGGCAAAAUUCUCUAAUACAGAUAUUCAACCAGAUGAUAUUUUAACUAAUGUUGGAGGUCUGAAUUAUGAUGCAAAAAGAGAUAGAUGGAAUGGCUAUGAUCCAGAGACUUAUAAGUCGUAAAUCCAAGAAUAUGAGAUUCUAGAGGAAAAACGAAAAGAAACUAGAUUGUAAGAAGGUUAAUAAACAGAAUCAGGCAAUCUCGAUGAUGAGUUUAAAGAUAAUGGAACUGGUGAACAUUAAACUCAAAUGACCACCAGAGAUCCAAGGACUAAGACUAUGACAAGAAAUUUACGUAUUCGAGAAGAUAAAGCCAAUUACUUAUUGAAUUUGGAUGUUAAUUCAGCAUACUUCGAUCCAAAAUCUAGAUCCUUGAGAGAAAAUCCAAAUCCCCAUUUACCACCUGAGAAAUAAGUGUUCAAAGGUCUAAAUCAAAUUAGAUUGACUGGUGAAACUCUAUAGAUGUAUGAAUAGGAAAGGUUUGCAUGGUAAUAUGCAGAAUAACACAAUCUAAAUCUCAAUACAGUUUCUUUACCGACUUUGACUGAAAAGACAUACAAAUAAAUAAAAGUAAAGAAGGAAGAAUAGAAAAUUGGAAGGGCAGAGAGUUUGUUUGAUAGAUAUGGUGGAGAAGAACAUUUAAAUCCACAAAUAGAUUUACUAUUGGGAUAAACAGAAAGAUUUGUAGAGUAUGAAGAGGAUGGUUUACCUAAGAAUCCUUUGAAGAAGAAGGACUUAACUAAAAGCAAAUAUUUAGAAGAUUUCUUUUAUGGAGAUCAUACAAGUGUAUGGGGUAGUUGGUGGAGUGAUGUUCUUGGAUGGGGAUAUGACUGUUGCUAUUCAAAUGAGAAACAUUCAGUUUGUCUUGGAGAAAAGGGAAAAAGAUUGCAAUUGAACAAAGAAGCUCGAUUAAAGAGGGAAAUUGAAGAGGACCUUCAAAAAGCAUAAGUUUAAGAUUAAAAAUCUAGUCCUAUACAUCAACAGCCUCCAUAACAAAUAAUCCAAUAAAUUUAAUAACAAUGA